GAGGGACUCCAAAGAGAACCACGAGUGGAAGAAGCAGUGAAGAAAGUAGCAGGGGAGAAAAAUCAAAUAGACGGAGGAAGAAUGUUGAUCAGCAGAGAUGAGGACCCCAAAACAGGGAGAGGAGCCGGAAAAGGGAGGAGCUUAGAGCUGGAGGAGCGGAGAGGAGAGGUGAUCCACCGCCGAGGCGGACAGCAACGUGUGUCCUCUGCUGCCAUCUCCUGAACCCUGUCCUCCGAAUGCGAUGCUCUCCCAUGCUUUAGCCUUGAACUUCUUGACAAUACCCACUGCUUUUCUUUAUCACCUCCGGCAUGGCUUUGACCAUGCAUGCGUCUCUGUGUACCCUGCAGACCUCCCCCAGGAGCCCUACAAUCACCCCAAGUCUGCUGGGACAUCGGACAGGUCACAGUCGGCAUGUGACUUCCUGAGAUCUGGAAAUGACUUCCUGUGUAGGUCACAGUUGUCUCAGGUAGUCGAGAAGCCUGGAAGAGGAACGCAAGGGAUUCGGAAAUGGCUGUUACUCAGGAGGAAGCGCAUCCAGUGCUUACUGCCAGUCACGGUGUUUGCUGAAAUGUGCUUGGGUCUGUUGACAUUCAGGGAUGUGGCCAUAGAAUUCUCUCAGGAAGAGUGGAAUUGCCUGGACCCUGCUCAGAGGACUUUGUACAGGGAGGUGAUGUUGGAGAACUACAGGAACCUGGUGUCCCUGGGAGGAAUCUCUCCUUUUGACCUGAGUGUUGUCUCCAUGUUGGUGCAGCGGGGAGAGCCUUGGAGUGUGGAUGUCCAAGUGGAAAUAUCCAGAAACCACAAUGAGUGGGAGUGUGUCAAAGGUGUGAGCACAGAUACCUCUCCUAAAUGUGUCAUAAAAGAAUUGCCACCAAAAACAAAAAGAGAUGCAGGAGAAAUGUUCCAGACAGUAAUGUUGGAAACACAUAAAAUCCACGACAUUGAAGAAUUAGGCUUCAAAGAAAUCCAGACAAAUGUACAUGACUUUGAACAUCACUGCAGAGAGGAUGGAAGACUUGACGUAGGAUUCUAUGUGAAUCACAAGGAAAAUCUCACAGAUAGGAGAGAUGAGCAUGGUAGAAGGGAUACAGACCAGAAACAUACCAAAAAUUGGCUUGGAAUAAGCUUUCAAUCACAUCUGCCUGAACUUGGGGUAUUUGAAAGAGAAAAGAACAAAUGGAAUGAGUGUGGCAUAUCUUUUAACCAAGGCUUGUGUUUUUCUAUGCAUCAUAUAGUCCAUGCUGGAGAGAACAAAUUUUUAUGUGACACAUGUGGCAAGGUCUUCAAUAAGAAAACAAACCUUAGAAAUCAUUUAAGAAUGCAUACUGGAGAGAAGCCUUACAAGUGUAAUGAAUGUGGAAAAGUCUUCAGUAAAAAGUCAUACUUAGCAAACCAUCAAAGAAUCCAUACUGGAGAGAAACCUUUCAAAUGUAAUGAAUGUGGCAAGGUCUUCAGUCAGAAAUCAAACUUUAUACGUCAUCAGACUAUUCAUACUGGUGAGAAACCUUACAAGUGUAAUGAAUGUGGCAAGGUCUUCAGUCUCAAGUCAUACCUAGCAAAUCAUCAGAGGACUCAUUCUGGAGAGAAAUCUUUCAAAUGUAAUGAAUGUGGAAAGGUCUUCAGUCAAAAGUCAAACCUAGCAAAUCAUCAGAGAAUGCAUUCUGGAGAGAAACCUUACAAAUGUAAUGAAUGUGGCAAGGUCUUCAGUCACAAGUCACACCUUGCAAAUCAUCAUAGAAUCCAUUCUGGGGAGAAACAUUUCCAAUGUAAUGAAUGUAACAAGGUCUUUAGUCACAAUUGCUACCUUGCACAACAUCUCAUAAUUCAUGCUGGAGAGAAACCUUAUUUGUGUAAUGAAUGUGGCAAGGGCUUCAGGCACAAAUCAUACCUCCAAAAUCAUCAGAGAAUCCAUACUGGAGAGAAACCUUACAGAUGCAAUGAAUGUAGUAAAGUGUUCCGUCAUAGGGCAUCUCUAGCAAAGCAUCAAAGGAUCCAUACUGGAGAGAAACCUUAUAGAUGUAAUGAAUGUGGUAAAGUGUUCAGUCGCAGGUCAUUUCUAGCAAAACAUCAAACAAUCCACACUGGAGAGAAACUUUACAGAUGUAAAGAAUGUGGUAAAGUGUUCAGUUGUAAUUCAUACCUUGCAAAACAUCAGAUAACUCACACUGCAGAGAAACCUUUCAAAUGUAAUGAAUGUGGCAAGGUGUUUAGUCGUAAUCCCCAACUUGUAUGUCAUCAAAGAAUUCAUACUGGAGAGAAACCUUACAAAUGUAAUGAAUGUGGCAAGGUGUUCAGACUAAACUCAUCUCUAGCACAUCAUCUGAAAUUUCAUACUUGAGAGAAAUCUUAGCAAUGUAAUGAAUUUGCCAAGAUCUUGAGUCAGAUUUGACACUUAAGCACCAGUGCACUCAAAGAGGUGAGAAGCCUUAAAAUUCAAUGAGUUUAGCUAAGCUCUUAGCUUGUAAGUCUAAGCUUGUAGCACAUACUGGAAAAAAGUGGCAAGGGCUUUGUGACAAUUCCUAACUUGGAAUUCAUUGGAGAUACCAACCUGGAGAGAAAUCUGACAAUUGAAUGAAGCAGAAGUCAUCAGGCACUGUGCCUUAAAAAACAUUGGCCAGUGCCUGCUAGGAAGAUAAUUUUCAUGUAGAAUAAGUGAAGCCUUAAGUUAUCAUUUAACACCUAACUGAUCAUAAGCUAAUGCAUAAUAGAAACUUUGCCAAUGUAACAGUGCCUGAGGGUGAAAAUCUGACAUCAGUAUUUAAAAAAUUCAAACUGGAAAAAACCUCACAACUGGAAUGAGUUUCAGAUCUUUUAGUAGGUCCUCAGGCUCAGAACACAUCAGACAAGGUAUCCUCAAGAAAAACUUGGAAAAGUAGUCAGUUUGGUAGAUCCUGUCUUCAGUACCCAUACUUUAGCACAUCUCACAUAACUUACACUGAAGAGAAACUAGAAAUGGGAUGAAUGUGCAGAUUUAUACCUUGUAUAACACUGAAAAAUUUGUGUAUGACUGAUAUCUUAGAGAUCUGAGGAAAGUGGCAAAACCAUCAUGAUGAAGUCAAGCAGUAAUCAACAUUGUAAUCCAUACUAAAGAGUGACAGUUACUAAAAAAAAAAGUGCGUGUUCAACAGAGACUUGUAAACCUUAAAAUUCACUAGGCAUCAAGUACCUUUGAGGAAGCCAUACAAAGGUAGUGGGUAUGCUAAGACUUGUCCAAGCAUCAAAACCAGAACAGAAUAAUUGAGCUGGAGAGCAACAUUACAAAUAUAAUGAAUACAGUGACUCUUUCAUCAAGUGUUAAUUUUGUUGUCAUAAAGGGAUUUGUUCUGCAGUGAAACCAGACAAAUACAAUGAACUUAGAAAGGUUAUUUUUGCCAGGCAUGGUGAUGCAUACCUGUAAACCCAGCACUUAAAAGCCUAAGCCAGGAGGAUAGCCAUAAGUUUGAGUCUGGCCUGAGCUACAGAGUUUCAAAAGAAACAAAAAGUUCAUUCUUAAAAGAUGUGUCCUUGGGAUUCACUGAAGAAUUUGUACUGCAAAGAACUCUUACAGAUGUAAUGCUUUGGUAAAUUUAACCAAAUCUUAAAAUGUAUUCCAUUUCACGGAAUUUAUAUGAGGAAUAAGUCAGUCUCUACCCAAGGUGAAACUGAUGUUAUAUACUCCAGAAUGCUGUAAUUACAAGUUGAACAGUAUUAACAUUCAUGAUACAUAUCAGAGAUGCAAGGACGUGUAAAGGGCCAGAUACUUUCAGGUUAAGAAAUAUUCUUUGAGAUUUUUUUUUUGGAAAGAUGACCUAUAUUUGAACUUUAAUCUGAACUUUGAAAUGUGUUGAUAGGCUUUUCUUACAGACUUUUCGUGGUGUCUCAAAGGCAUCAGUAAAAUGAAAAGCCUUCUCUCAUGAAGUGUGAACAUUUUUGUCCAUGUUCCUUUGGAACAAGAACACUGCCUUUCAAAAUUAAACGUUGUUCUCACUAAAGAGUAGUUUAGGGCUGGGGAUAUAACUCAACAGUGCAGCACCUGCCUGGCAAGCACAAGAGCCUGAGUUUGAUUCCCAGUACCAAAAAAACAACAACAAAAAAAACUAAGCAAAUUUCCUUUCACAAGGCUCUUCCACACUUUCAUACUUUCUGGUUUUGUCCUGAUCUUUUUUGAACCUGGUAGAGCAAAAUCUUAGCAUACAAAAUCCUUUCUUAUCAAAACUGUAUCCUCACGUUCAUCAUUGUUACAUCUCUGUCUUCCUUACUGAUUCCCUAUUAUCACAAGCCCUAUGGUGACAUAGGUGUCAAACCA